AUGUACUUAUGUGCUUACGUUCGUCUCGUGUUAUUAUAUAUACGGAAGAAUCGCGACAACUUAAGCACCGGUUUUUUUUUUUUUACGACGCGAGUGUGGGUGGUGGUGCCUCAGUCAAUAUUAACAAUUCCUAAAGACAGUUGGUGCCGUGUAUUGCGAGAAUUUAGAUGUUUGUUCGUCAAUGACUUGUCCACCAAUGAGGAGUUCGACUUUGGAAAUCGCCGCGAGGAAAAGAUUAUUCAAGAAAGUAUGCUCGUGGUGUGCUCGUGGUGUGCUAAUAUUUUUAAUGAAGAUGCAGACUCGUCGAGUUCUGUUUAUAUUUUUUAUCUCGUCUUUUACUUCAUUUUUCCCUCACACAAAAUCAUCAUCAUGAGAACGUGCUGCGUCUCUCCUUCUCGAGCGCAAAUAACAGACGCUCGAGUAUUCGUGCUGUCCUCGAGGAGACGCUCGUCUUCUUGUGUUUCUUGUUCUUCCUCUUCUUCGUUGAAUAAUAAACCCCGUCGAUACUCAUCAUCAUCAACAUCAUCAUCAAAAACCGCAUUACGAGCGCACGGACGAAAGAAAGGCGAAAGUAUUCCGGAGGAGUUCGAGGUCCAAAAGCUCGCGAAUACGGUGGCAAAACUCUUGCGAGGGGUCAACGUCGUCGCAGUUGGCGAAAAUGAAAAAGCGAAUCAUCAGUUGAGCGAGUUGUUGGCGCCAUUGUUGGCGUAUUCUCCGAUGUCGGUGCCAGAGUUGAUUCGAGGGAUAUCGGACGGGAAAUCGAGGGAAGAUAUCGCUCGUUUGGAAGGCGACGCGGAGGCGCUGAUGGUGGAGAAUUCCGUGCACGAACAACUGUCACAGUUUCUGAGAGUUUCGUUGGCGACGUGCGGUGCGAACGGUGUCGGGGCGUUAGCCAGAGGCGACUGUUGGGCGUGGAUAUUCGGGAUGAUUACCAUAUGGGUGGACGACGAAGAGUCGGCGAAAUUGAGCGAAGAGAACCCGGAGAGGUUUCCGCAGCGGGAGGCGUACGAGUUGGCGGAUAUUCGGGUGGUUUUGAAAGGAAAGGAGUUGAACGAAGAGGAAAAGGGGAAGACGGUUCGGGCGGUGUUGGAAGGCGUGAAAGCUUUGGUCGAUAACGACGAACAUUUUGCCGGCAAGAAGAGUUUGUAUACCAGGAUGGGAUGUCGAGGCGAUUGGCCGAUAUUGCAAGCGCCUGAGUGGGAUGGAACUUCAGAGACCUUCUCGGAGAACGGGUUGAGUGGCGAAGAGAAAAGUAGCGUUUAG